GAUAAAUGGUAAGUUUAACUGUGUAUCAGGUUUGCACAGCAGAGAGUGGAAGCUGGGUGGCCGCAACAUUGACUCAACUGCUUCAAAGUCAAUUAAUGAGUCACAGUAAGUCCGGGAAAAGUGAGUUUUUGAAAUAAAAUCUGAUUAGCACUAUGUGCCUCAUCGACCAUUGAGCCAUAUUAGGAAGCAACUAGUGUAUUAAAAAAAAGUGUGUCCUUAUCAAGAUAGAUGAUGUGUGGAAAAAAAUUUAAAGCAUAAAAUGAAUAUUUAACUUUGGUCGAAUGAACAAGAAAUCAGAGCGUUUUCAUCAAGGUUGGAUGGCAGGCCUUUAUUUUGGAAGUGAUGACCGGAAAUCAUUAAACUGCGUAAGUCAGACACUGGUCACUGUCUGCCCUCUGUCUGCAUUAUGCCAAAGUUUCAGUCUUCAGGAUGUGGAGCAGCCAGUCGGAUCUCUAACGACAUUGAGCUGUAAAGUGCGGACUUAAGACUUAUUUUAUUUGUGAAUAAAUCAUGAUCAUCUUGAAUAAAAAAACUGCAUGCCUACUUUUUUCCACCUGAAAACAUAAGAGAAAGAGUCACGGGAAAAAGUCGGAAUGAACAGAGACGGAGACAAGAGCGCAAAGACUGCGCUCCGGAGCCAGAAACCACCCAGGACGCACCAGCAAGUUUCUGUCCAGAAGAAGAAGAAGGAUCCGACUUCUAAAGAUGCUCAAAGUGGCCCCUUCUCCAAAGAGGCACAGUCAGGUCAGUCAGACUCAGAGAAGGAGGUGAAAAUUGCCGGAUUACAGGGAAAGCGUUCGGGGAAAGUGUCAUCCAGUGCCACCGCAGAAUGCCAGAGGAGUCCCGGCACGCAGAGGAAACUAUCCGAUGCCAGCAACGCAUCAGAGGACCUGAGCAAAGACUCCGGCUGCCUCUCUGGGAAACUCUCCUCCUCCGACAGCAGCUCAGAAAUAUCCGACUGCCCCUCGGAGGGCAACAAGCACGACUCUCCAAGUAGCGACAAUGAAUUAAGCUGGAUAGACGGCAGAGCUUAUGUGAACCCGGACAUCGAGGAGAAAGCUGACGGCAAACCGUGCGCAAAAGCGGCCAGAGAUAGCUGCGCUCUGCAGCCUGAUGCGACUGGAGCGACCCUCGGUUUGUUUAACUCCUCAGGGACGUUCAUGGAGCUUAUGAUGGGGGAGACAACCGAGGAUCUUGUCAGGGAGGUGGAAGAUUUGAGAUCAGAGAAUGAGUAUCUGAAAGAUGAGGUGGAGGAGCUCCGCUGUGAGAUGCUGGAAAUGCGUGACAUGUUCCAGGAGGAGGAGGUGUACCAGCUGCAGGAGCUGCGGCUGCAGCUGGAGCAGGCCAACAAGAUGUGUCGCAUCCUGCAGUACCGCCUCCGCAAAGCCGAGCGCCGCAGCAUCCGAGUGGCUCAGACGGGACAGGUGGACGGGGAGCUGGUUAGGAGCCUGGAGCAUGAUAUCAAGGUUGCAAAGAGUGUUUCUCUCCGGCUGUACAACGAGCUGGAGGCGGUACAGAAGAAGAACUCCCAGUUGGAGUGGGAAAAUGAGGUGCUUCGUGAGAAGACACAGGAACUGGAAGUGGCCAAGCAGGUCUUACAGACGGAGGCAGAGAAGGCCAGAGAGAUCUCUCUGAGGAAGAAAAGCAUCCGUUCAUCAGCCAGUAGGUCUGAGAAGAGGCUCUGUCAACAGAUUGAGGAUGACAGCGCCGAUCUCAAGUGCCAACUCCACUUUGCCAAAGAGGAAUUAGCUCUCAUGUGCAAGAAGCUCACCAAACUGGUAUCAGAGAGUGAGGGCAUGCGCGAGGAGCUGGCCAAAUACCACUCAGCCUACGGCGACAUAGAUGCCACCCAAUCACCCGAAGGCAAACACAACUCCGCCCACGCCAGGGAGGCGGAGGUCAAAGUUCAUUUGAAGCUGGUGGAAGAGGAGGCCACACUCCUGAGCCGACGCAUCGUUGAACUGGAGGUGGAGAACCGUGGACUGAGAGCAGAAAUGAGCGACCUGAGAGAGAAAAUAGGAGGAGGAGGAGGAGGGGAAGAGGAUGAGGAAGAGAAUCGGGAUGUUGUGGAGGAAAAUGUGGCAGCUUCAACGCCGGUGAAGGACAGAGACGGAAGGGAGCAAAGUUCCAAAGUGGGAUUACCUGCUUACGAGCAGGGUCAGGAUGAGGAAGCAGAAAAAGGUAAAAGUGAUGUUGGGACAUCUCUGCUUUGCAACCAAUCACAAACUGAAGGGAUGAUUACUGCUUGUCACAUCACUCGAGAAGGUCCUGUAGGCGGUGAGUGGGACCCUUCAGACAGUCCGGAGGGUGACGACAACAAAAAAAAUGACAGUGGUCUCAAAGGAAUGACUGUGAAAGACUAUGAAACCCUCCUAGCUCUCAGAGAUCAUUCCUGCAUUUUGAGUUCAGCCAUACAGCUCCUGACGACACCUGCAAAAAACAGGCAUUGUUCAUCUCCCACAUGUGCUUUUACCUCUUCGACAGACGUGGACUCGAAUGGUAAGGCGCAGAAGAUAUUGCUGCCGGGACCUUUAAAUGAGGCCUUGGAGCUUCUGAAGGCCAUGCUGUUGGCUUUCAUUGGGAGGGUGGAGACGCUUUUAACUGGAGAGGAUUUAGGCAAAAACUCUGCUCACAAGGACGGACAUGUUUGGGAUUCCUACGCUUUCUCCUUUCACUCUGGAGACUGUGCAGAUCAUGACGUGGAUAAUCAUAAUGUGAAAGAGACACCAAGCGAGCAGGAGUGUGUUGAAGACCUCCGCACCACCGAGGUUAAGGAGAGAGCGACAAGACAAGCGCCUUCUUUCCAGUGGGACCUCCUCCACAGCUGCAGGGACCCAAAAAUGCAACUUUCCCUGCAGAUUCUGUGGAUCCUCCAUCGGUGGUGUCAAGUUAAAGGACCCGAGCUGGAGGGAAAAGAGGGUAAAGACAAAACCAUGUCUGUGCUGCGAGGGUUGUUGCAGGACCUCGGUGCAGAGCUUCGGGAUGAGCGGAUUGAAUUCCCCAGUGAGGCCAAGGCCAUGCAGGGCAAGGCAGCUGAGUUUGCCGUCAGCGAUAUCUUUCAUGACGAACGACCCUGUGAAGCUGACAGAAUCUGCAGCUCAAAGGGGAAAAGACUGAGGCGACAGUUUUCCCCACACGGCCCUAAGAGGAAGAACUGGUGCUAUGUGAGCCAGGAGGCCGCCCAGCUGGACCGAGAAGACCCUGUUAAGACUUGGGACCAUCUAAUCAUGCCGCUUAGCUUCCCUCAUCUCAAUUUUGAGCAGAUGUCAGUGGAGAGAAGCCACACUGCCCCGGAGAAGUCGGCCUUCCGCAUCUACUACAGCCCCCCGUCAGCUCGCAGAGUCCAGCUGGCUCAGUUGAAGCAAAGCCCCGUCGCAGACAGAGAGUCUGUCAGCACUCCCUCUCCUUGGUGCACGCCGCCGACCUCCUUCUCUCCACUCUGUCUGGUCUCAUCUGCUAACAUGAGCGACGACGUGAAGGAAAUGACAGCCAGCUGGAGGCAGGCGGUUCAUGGCAGUUCGCAGGAGAAGAAAGGGAGAUUAGUUGGCCAGUGGGUGGACGUGGCCUGCUCAGGUACUCAGACCCACAUGAAGCCACAGAUGGUGAGUGUUGGUCUGCAGACAGAUGGGAAUCAGGGGCCAGUCGCCAUGAGAAGCAGCCCCUCUCGAGGCCUGAGCUCCUCCUUGGUCUCCGCCCGCUCUCAUCACAUCUCCACCUCACUGGACGGAGUAGCAGGUCGAGUCGAGAGGCCCAGACCCUCCACCUCCUCACCUAAAAUGUACCGGCGACACUCUGCCUCCGGUGUAUCCCCUCUCCCCUCAACCACCGGUUUGAGCUCCCCCUCCUCUGUAUCCACCUCCAGAGACCGAGCACUGUGGAACCUGAAUCACCAGAGCCCCUCUGGCCUCGCAUGGACCCGACAAACCAGAGCAGGCGCAGGGCAGAACCACAGUUCUCUGAGCAGCGCCAAGCCUCCAACCAAAGCUGCAGGCACCAACCGUUACGGUUUGGUCUCUGAGUUUCUGCGCAGGGUGAGCGGUCGGACUGAGAAACCGGUCCCGGCGUCAGGACAGAAGACGAAGAGCGGCCUGAAGAACCUGGAACGUGCUCCGACGAGGCCUCCAGCCGCCUCGCUGCACAGGACUGACAGUGUGACAAGGAUCGUCAACCAGAGGUUCAUGAAGCAGAGAGAGGAGGCCAGCCGAGCCCAGAGAGAGGAGAGGGGCAGCAGCCUGAACCACGCUGUCAGACAGGGCACAGCAGAGGACGGAAACUACGACUGCAGCUCCGGCAGCACCUUGACCUUCUGCUUCGCCCGUCCAUCUCGCUCCACCCAGAGACAACCGUCUAACCAGAGCAAACUCCACCGACACAGAUACUCUCCUCCGGUGAGCACGGCCGCAGACUCCACCUGUGAGUGAGUGAGUGAACGGGCAGAGGAGUAACAGCAGCAGUUCUCCUGAUACUUCUGGACAGCUGAGAGCGCUCGUUGCCAUGGGGCAGGAAUUUAACAUGUAAUGUUUAAAUGUAAACCCUGCUUUACUGCAAAUGGGAGAACUGGUAGACUGUAUGUGGGAUGUGUAGGAGAGCUGUGAGUAAACUGAUAGUGAUAGAUGUUUCUUUUGGUGCAAUUAAAAACACAGAUUAAUGCUUAUUUCAAUUACUAAAAAAAAUACAAUCUUACAAAUGUUGAUUACUCAUUUAUAAUAACAGUUUAAACUCUAAACUAAAACUGACUUUUGCACUUAUAUUGUGAUUUAAUUUUAUAUUAUCUUUAUGGUAUUUUGUAGACAAUAUCCUGUUUUACUGAAUAAACAUCUACAAUCUGA